CCCUGUUCCUCAUCCUCGUUCCCUUGCACUGCGCCAACAAACAAUUAACUACACUCUCACUAGCUAGCUAGGCUAGGCCGGGGAGGGAGAAGGAGGCGCCAAGAUGUUGAGGAUGCAGCAGCAGGUGGAGGGCGUGGUGGGCGGCGGCAUCAUGGCGGAGGCGGAGGAGGCGGCGGUGUACGAGCGGGUGGCUCGCAUGGCCAGCGGCAACGCGGUGGUCGUCUUCAGCGCCAGCGGCUGCUGCAUGUGCCACGUCGUCAAGCGCCUCCUGCUUGGCCUGGGGGUCGGCCCCACCGUCUACGAGUUGGACCAGAUGGGCGGCGCCGGGCGAGAGAUCCAGGCGGCGCUGGCGCAGCUGCUGCCCCCCGGACCCGGCGCCGGCCACCACCAGCAGCCGCCAGUGCCCGUGGUGUUCGUCGGCGGGAGGCUCCUGGGCGGCGUGGAGAAGGUGAUGGCGUGCCACAUCAACGGCACGCUCGUCCCGCUCCUCAAGGACGCCGGCGCGCUCUGGCUCUGAGCCGCGAGCUGCAUUGCUUUGCUGUCUCGCCGGCCGGCCGGAACUGAUGGUGGUGGUGAUCAACGACGGCGUUUACUUUGUGUGUUGGUCGUCUUUUCUUUUCUUGUGCCGUGCCUGUGGCUGUGGCUGUGCGUUGCAUGGUGUGUUGAGCUUCACUGGCUAGUGAGAUGUAGAUAUAGUUAACAAGGAAAGCUCAAUUAGCCUUGUCA